UCCCAAUCCACCCCCAUUUCCGUGGUGAAACGUCGCUGGGGGAAGCACUACCGCUCCCCACAUCUCUCUCCACGAUGCACAGAAUAAAAUGGGGAAGGGGGAGGAGGGAGCACCCGGCCUCGAGGGGGCCUGGGACGGCUAGAGGACCGCCUAGCUCCGAGGGAGGCCCGUGGCGACCGUGAGGACCCCGAGAGAAGGAGACACUCCCCGCCUCUACCCCACCCUCUGCAGGUCCCUACCUCGGGCCAGCCUGGAGCCCCUGUGCGCGAAGCGUCCCAGGCCCCCCCGUCUGGGCAGCAGAGCGACCCCUGACUAUGCGCAGGGGGUGUGGAGACCUCGUGUCAUCACGGAAGAUCCUGCUACCCCAACAAAUCAGUUGCUCCCUGCUUCCAAGAGACGCACGCCAGGAAGGCACAACACGCACACCGAUUUUUAUUAGCCUUCCCUGGGACGGAGGUUUGGACCAACUCUAAAGUGCAACGUGUGUUUGCAAGUUUGUGCACAAGCCAGAGAGGCAAAGCGCCCCGUUCGCGUCCGAGUCUCAGUGGGUCCACCGAGCCCUUGCGCCGCCUGCCCAGGGUUUGUGUAACUGUUUGUGUGUGCGCGCGUGUGCGUGUGCUAGCUCGUAUCCCUGCCCGCGGCGCAACGCGCGCCAGAGAGCAGGCUGUGGGCGCUGUCAGGCCCGGGGCGGGGGUGCCGGGGCGAGCGUGGGGCGGGGGCCCGGGCUCCGCCCGCCCCAGGAGCCGGCCCCUCGGAGCCUCGGGCCCUGCAAUGGGGCGUGUUCUCCUUUAAGAGUUAAGAAACUUGAAACCUUGUUUGCGCAACAAUCAGCGCCGCGGAGCCGCCAAAGUGUCUAGACUGGCAUAUGAUGGGAGGCAGCCAAUGACUCCGCGGCGCUCCUCCGGGGGCCCUCAGUGUGCGUUUGAGGAGAACAAAAAAGAGAGAGAGAGCCGAGCAGGGGAGCGAGCGAGGGAGCCAAGCCGAGAGAAAGAGCCGCCGGGCGCUGCUUCGCCAGACCUCGCCGGGACCGCGGGGCCACCGGGAGGCACUUUUUGUGGAGGGGGGAGGGGGACGACCUCUGCAGCCGCGGCGCCCGGGGCGUCCGAGCGCAGCGUGGGGCGGGCUGCGACCUCUGCUUCGUUGGAUUGCAUUUUUAAUUAAGGAUUCCUAGCAGCUCUUUGGGAUUUUUACAGUUUCCACUCAUGUGUUGACACUCGCGUUCAGGAGAAACUCGCUCCAAGAGCAUCUAGCGCCUGGGACCUGAGACGGAGUUGGCUUUUCAUGCAUGCAAUUCCAGGGAUUUUGGUUUUGUUUGGGGUUUCUUUUUCUUUCUUUCCUUUUUUAUUUUUCUUUUUGCAGGGAGUAAGAAGGAAGCUGAGGGUAUCAACAAGCCUGCCUCUCGGAUCCUGCAGGAAAAGCCCAUGUAGUUAAGCGCCUGGGUUUUAAAGGCAGGGCUUCCCAGACACAGGGGGUUCAGCGCGAGCGCUUUGUGCUCAUGGACCAGCCGCGCAACUUUUGAAGGCUCGCCGGCCCAUGCGGGGUCUUUCUGGCGGCGCGCCGCUUGCAGUCUCCUUACAGCGCCGGUGCUGGAGUUGCUGAGCAGCCCGGCCGCCGGGGUCCAUGUAGCCGCUGGCCCGGCGCGGACUGCGGCUCGGCGUGCGCGUGUUCCCCGCCGGCCCGCCGCGGCGAGCUCCCUCAUGUUGCAGCCCCGCGGCGCCCCUUCGACGACAGGCUGUGCGCGGUCUGCACGGCGCCCGGCAACGGAGCUUCAUGUGGGGCUGCGGCCCGCGUAGCCGGCGCCUCGCUGAGGGAACGGACCCUCGGUAACCGGAGACCGCCUCCCCCCCACCCCCGGCGCCAAAGGAUAUCGUAUGUUCAGGUCCAAACGCUCGGGGCUGGUGCGGCGACUUUGGCGAAGUCGUGUGGUCCCCGACCGGGAGGAAGGUGGCGGCGGCGGCGUCGGCGACGAGGAUGGGAGCUUGGGCAGCCGAGCUGAGCCGGCCCCGCGGGCACGAGAAGGCGGAGGCUGCGGCCGCUCCGAAGUCCGCCCGGUAGCCCCGCGGCGGCCCCGGGACGCGGUGGGACAGCGAGGCGCCCAGGGCGCAGGGAGGCGCCGGCGCGCAGGGGGUCCCCCGAGGCCCAUGUCGGAGCCUGGGGCCGGCGCUGGGUGCUCCCCGCUGGACGUGGCGGAGCCGGGAGGCCCGGGCUGGCUGCCCGAAAGUGACUGUGAGACGGUGACUUGCUGCCUCUUCUCCGAAAGGGACGCCCCUGGCGCGCCCCGGGACGCCGGCGACCCCCUGGCUCGGGCUGCCCUGGAGCCGGCGGGCGGCGGGCGGAGUCGCGAAGCCCGCUCGCGGCUGCUGCUGCUCGAGCAGGAACUCAAGACGGUCACGUACUCGCUGCUGAAGCGGCUCAAGGAGCGCUCGCUGGACACGCUGCUGGAGGCGGUGGAGUCCCGCGGCGGCGUGCCGGGCGGCUGCGUGCUGGUGCCGCGCGCCGACCUCCGCCUGGGCGGCCAGCCCGCGCCGCCGCAGCUGCUGCUCGGCCGCCUCUUCCGCUGGCCCGACCUGCAGCACGCCGUGGAGCUGAAGCCCCUGUGCGGCUGCCACAGCUUCGCCGCCGCCGCCGAUGGCCCCACCGUGUGCUGCAACCCCUACCACUUCAGCCGGCUCUGCGGGCCAGAAUCACCGCCACCCCCCUACUCUCGGCUGUCUCCUCGCGACGAGUACAAGCCACUGGAUCUAUCAGAUUCCACAUUGUCUUACACUGAAACGGAGGCCACCAACUCCCUCAUCACUGCUCCGGGUGAAUUCUCAGACGCCAGCAUGUCUCCGGAUGCCACCAAGCCGAGCCACUGGUGCAGCGUGGCAUACUGGGAGCACCGGACCCGUGUGGGCCGCCUCUACGCGGUGUACGACCAGGCCGUGAGCAUCUUCUACGACCUACCUCAGGGCAGCGGCUUCUGCCUGGGCCAGCUCAACCUGGAGCAGCGCAGCGAGUCGGUGCGGCGCACGCGCAGCAAGAUCGGCUUCGGCAUCCUGCUCAGCAAGGAGCCCGACGGCGUGUGGGCCUACAACCGCGGCGAGCACCCCAUCUUCGUCAACUCCCCCACGCUGGACGCGCCCGGCGGCCGCGCCCUCGUCGUGCGCAAGGUGCCUCCUGGCUACUCCAUCAAGGUGUUCGACUUCGAGCGCUCGGGCCUGCUCCAGCACGGGCCCGAGCCCGACGCCGCCGACGGCCCCUACGACCCCAACAGCGUCCGCAUCAGCUUCGCCAAGGGCUGGGGGCCCUGCUACUCCAGGCAGUUCAUCACCUCCUGUCCCUGCUGGCUCGAGAUCCUCCUCAACAACCACAGAUAGCGGCCGCCGCGGAGGGGCAGCGGCCCCACCAUGUGCCCGCCGCCAGGGGGCCAGUGCCCAGAGACACAGCCCCACGGACGAACCCCCCCAAAUAUCAUCUACCUAGAUUUAAUAUAAAGUUUUAUAUAUUAUAUGGAAAUAUAUAUUAUACUUGUAAUUAUGGAGUCAUUUUUACAAUGUAAUUAUUUAUGUAUGGUGCAAUGUGUGUAUAUGGACAAAACAAGAAAGACGCACUUUGGCUUAUAAUUCUUUCAAUACAGAUAUAUUUUCCUUCUUUUCCUCCUUCCUCUUCUUUAUGUUUUCUUUUAAGAAAAUGAUACAGCAGAGCUAGGUGGAAAAGCCUGGGUUUGGUGUAUGGUUUUUGAAAUAUUAACGCCCAAAAAGCUAAUACCAGUCACCCAUUGAAUAAUAAAGUAUUCGCAUUAUAGUUUUUUUUUUUUUUUUAACUGUCUUCUUUUUAAUGAAGAGGGACAUGCAGGGCUUCGGUGGUUUCUGAUCCAUCAGGCAUCCUGAAAUUUGAUUUCAGUCUUUAAUGGGAUAAAGAGUAGAGGGAAUAAAUUGAAAAGGGAGGAUGGACAUAUGUUUACGCUUAAGGCCAGAGAAGUUUCUGUUGUUCUUUCCUGCCCACAGCUGUGGUGUGUCCACAGGAUGGGGGGAGGAGGAGCGUACAUGGGCCAUCAAUCCUGUAUAAGCUGUCCCAGUCUGAUGGAGGAGGCGCAUGCUCUGGCCUGGAGGAACUCCAUGAUGGUGAAGACUCAGGUUCGUGCCUCCCUCUCUGAGCUGUGCACCAGCUAGAAGAAGACACUAAUUCUCACUGCUCUGGGGAAAUGGCCUGAGGAGGA